AACGUUUCCUCUUGCUUUGGAUGUCGGCUCUGGAAAAGGUUACAUAGCAAAGCAUUUAACCAAGGAAACAAUUGAAAAACUUAUUCAAGUUGAUAUUGCAGAGAAUGCUUUAAAAAAUGCUGUAGAAUGUGAAAUCCCUACGGUCAGUGUUGUGGCUGAUGAGGAAUUCCUUCCUUUCAAAGAAGAUACAUUUGAUAUUGUUCUUAGCAGCUUAAGUUUACAUUGGGUGAAUGACCUUCCCAGAGCUUUUAGAGAGAUUCACCAGGUUCUUAAGCCAGAUGGAGUAUUCAUUGGUGCAAUGUUUGGGGGAGACACUCUGUUUGAGCUUCGCUGCUCUUUGCAGCUGGCAGAGCUGGAGAGAGAGGGAGGAUUCUCUCCUCACGUGUCACCGUUCACUGCUGUCUCUGAUCUGGGACAUCUGCUCUCCAGAGCUGGCUUUAACACCCUGACUGUGGAUACUGAUGAAAUACAAGUCAACUACCCAGGGUUAUUUGAGGUUAUGGAAGACUUGCAAGGUAUGGGGGAGAGUAAUUGCUCUUGGAAUAGAAAGCCUCUGCUCCACAGGGACACGAUGCUGGCAGCAGCUGCAAUAUACCAGGAAAUGUACGGAAAUAGCGAUGGCUCGGUACCUGCCACGUUUCAGAUCUUCUACAUGAUUGGCUGGAAAUUCCAUGAAUCACAGGCAAGACCAGCCCAGAGAGGUUCUGCAACAGUUUCAUUUGGUGAUCUGGCUAAAAUAGAUGGACUGAUUUCCAAAGGGAAAAAAUAA